AUGAGAGUACAAGAACUCUUGAGAGGGAUGAAUUAUGCUUGCUUUCAUCCGAAUUUGAACUCUAUGGCAUGCUUCCCUAUCCAUUUUGAGCAUCCGAAAUGUGAUGUUAAGCUUCAUGUGGUCCCUUGUCUAAGCAUUGCGCGUCCACAGUCUUCGAGGGUUGACCUUUCACAUCACAUGAGAGAUGACAUUAAUAAAUGGGCACAGAACGGCCAGAAUCCACCCUCUUUGGUCCCUCUGCCUCUUCUUUGGAUGUCUUCUGUUAGUCUAACUUUGUCUGACACUUUGCUUGAUAGCUCAAGUCACCCCUUGAACACUGCAAAUGAUUUUGAGAAGCAUCUCCAAGGGUUAUUUGAUGAAGUCAAAACUUUGAUUUCAACAGGGAAGAAAAGUGAUGCCAUAGAUUUACUUCAAGCAAAUUAUCAAGCAGUAGAAGAACAGUUGGAUGCAGGAUUUUUAGGGAUUGAAGAAGUUGCUAUUCUUGAUAUUAUUGCUUUGGGAUAUAUAGCUCUUGGCAACUCAAAGAUGGUUGAAUCGCUAUUAGACACGAUGAGCAAGAUCGUUGAUUGUUUGAAAGAUGAUGAAAUGUUAUUGGAUUCAGUACUUAUACACAUGGGAAGCAUGUAUUCAUCAUUGGAGAAAUCAGAGAAAUCAAUGCUUAUGUAUCAAAGGGCUCUAAAAAUAUUGGAAGACUUACAUGGCAGGCACAGUAUAUUUCUUGUCACACCACUGUUGGGAUUGGCUAAACAUCUUGGUUCAGUUGGAAGAGCUGCAGAAGCUGUAGAAAUCUACCAACGUGUAAUUACCAUUGUGGAGUCAAGUCAUGGUGCUGAUAGCCUUGACCUUGUGUUACCUUUAUCUGGCUUUGGCAAUCUCCUACUCAGUCAAGGGAAGCCUAAUGAUGCAGAGAUUCCGUUUACCAGAUUCCAUUAUAUCUUGAUUUUGAAUCUGUAUUCAAGGUUACAUGGAGAAACUGAUGGAAGGACUGGCAUGGCUCUUUGCUCCCUUGCCCAUGUAAAAUGUGCUCAGGGGAAUGCUGAGGAAGCCAUUCACCUAUACAGAAAAGCUCUUCAGGUCAUUCGGGAUUCAAGAUAUGUAGCAUUAGAUGACAACAUUAUGGAGAAGAUGAGAUUAGAUUUAGCUGAAUUACUUCAUAUAGUCGGAAGAGGUAACGAAGGCCGAGAACUGUUGGAAGAGUGCUUGGUGAUUACUGAGAAGUUUAAAGGAAAAGAUCAUCCUAGCUUGGCCACCCACUUCAUAAACCUUGCAACCUCCUAUUCUUUCUCAAAGAACUAUGUCGAAGCAGAGCGCUUGCUCAGGAUGUCUUUGCGGGUCAUGAUGAAGUCUGUUGGCCCUGAUGAUCCGUCCAUCACCUUUCCCAUGCUACAUCUUGCGGUUACCCUCUUCAACUUAAGACGUGAUAAAGAAGCUGAAAAGCUUGCCAUUGAAGUUUUGCGCAUUCGUGAGACAGCUUUUGGAAAAGAAUCCCUUCCAGUUGGGGAAGCUCUUGACUGUCUAGUGUCAAUACAGACCAGAUUAGGAGAGGGUGACGAUGAGCUACUGGAGCUGCUGAAGAGGGUGCUCAGAAUUCAAGAGAAAGAGUUUGGUUAUGAGAGUGAAGAAGUAAUGAUAACCUUGAAGAAAGUUUUAUUCUACCUGGAUAAAUUAGGGAAAAAGCAAGAGAAGUUCCCUGUCCAGAGAAGAUUAUCUGUUUUAAGAGACAAGUACAAGCAUAGAGUUCAAUAUUAGCAGUA